UAAUUAUUUUCCCAUGAAGUCAUGAAUUAUAGUAUUUGGUUUUUGGUUUGUGUGUACGAUAUAAAAAAUAUUAAAAAAUUAUUGUUUUCAUAAUUUUAAAUUGUAAUUAAUAAUAUAAUAACUUAUUAUAAGUCAUGUCGUCGGAGAACAUAGAGAAACUUCGAUAUUUACUUGCUCAAGGAACAGGGCAUAAGCGUAUGGACGAUGAACUUUUCAAGAAAUUCGAUACCUUACAUAAAAUCUAUACAGUAGUUGGAGUUUUUGAAAUUUUUAAAAAAUCUGAAGAAAAAAAGAGUGAUGAUAGCUUCUUAUGCAAUGUGGAUGGUUGUGUUUCAAGUUUCACUUCAAUGGCUGAUUACGAUUCACAUUAUAAUUCAAAUCAUCGUUACACUUGCACUUACUGUCGUAAAUUAUUACAAUCUGCACAUCUCUUAGAUUUGCAUUUGAGUGAAUUGCAUGAUAACUUUUUUAAAGCCUGCUCUGAAAAAAAACCUAUGUUUAAAUGUUUCGUUGAAACAUGUCAAACACUAUUUUGGAAUUCUGAAGAACGAAAAACUCAUUGUAUAGACAUUCAUAAAAUGCCAAAGAGUUUCUUGCGGCAUUAUGCAAAUAAGAAAAAUCAUAAGAAAAACCAGAAAAUUAAACCUGCUGAACCUCCAAAUUUAGAAGGAAUGUUAGAUUCAAACAUGGUUAUAGAUUAAUUAAAAAAAAAUUAAACUAAUAUACCCUAUCAACAAUAUAUUAUAUUAUACAGAUAACUUUCUAUUCAAGUGUUGGAAAACUAAGUAUGAAUUACUGUAUGAAUCAACAAAAUUACUUACGAAUUUGUCUUAUGAAUUAUUAUGUUGUACUCUUAAAUUAGUUACUAAUCAAUAAAUGAAAUAUUAUAUGGUCUGAAAAA